AAAAACGCAGCAACAAUAUAAAAAAGUCGCGGUCGCGGAAAGUACCAAUUUAAAGCAAUUGCUGCCAAAAACAAUAUCAAGACAAACUAGAGCAACAACGAACGCUGGCAAUCGCCAUUCAGGCACAGUGCAAACCAAAACUAAUUCUUUGCGGUACAAAGCGGGAGAAGAAAAAACAGCUCAUCGAUUUUUAGCCGAACUAACGCUAAAUUUAAGGAAACAGUCAACAUUUGGCUACAGAAGUACAAAGGUUAACUUUUAAGUUCCCUUUGAGUUACGUUCCCCCAAGUGCUUAAGCGUAAAUCCAGAAAACUGCCGCGAUUGCUGCAAAAGAUUCACUGCGAUGGCAACCACAUCGAUAAUCGCCAAUAACAGCAAUAGCACACUAAACGCCGGCAACGCGGCCACUGUGGCUGCCACAGCAGCUGCUGCCGCCGUCGUCGUCACAUCCACGCUGAGCACGCGGAAGCGCACCUACGAGACAGCGAUUGCUAUGCCCGCCAUGGAUGCCAAAGAACUGAAACCCAGCACGCAUGCAGUUCCCACUGCUGCUGCGGCACGCACAGCCACCUCAACCACAACAACAACAACAACAACAACAGUAAAAGCAACAACAACUAAGACCAGAGCGCACAGUCCGCUUGAGAGCCACAGCCUCAAGUCGGUGGUAGUGGACAUGGCUGAGCCGCAGGCGGCCACCACCUUGCGCGAUUCCUCAAUUACGCGCACCAUCUCACAGAGCGACGUUGACGAUGGCAGCGAUGCAGCCUCGCCGGACGACACCGGCCCGUCCACCUCGGCAGCAUCGCCCAUGAUGGCGGAUUAUCUGAGCGGCAGCAGUGGCGUGAAGCGCAAAUGCUUGAACGUGCCCCCAACUCCAACUGCAGCGAUGAACGCCUCCAUUUCCCGGCAAUCUUUUCCCAGCAGCGGCACAGCCGAUUUAGCGACAAUUUGCAAGCCAGCGCCUUUCUCCAACGAUGAGGAGGCAAUCCUGGAGCGUGAGCGCUGCGAUUACACACACCGCAUUACGUUCAAGAUGGCGCGUUCCGGGCAGACGAAUCGCAAGGUGCGCGUCUAUGCCGAUGGCAUCUACGAUCUGUUCCAUCAGGGACAUGCCCGCCAGCUGAUGCAGGCCAAGAACAUAUUCCCCAACGUCUACUUGAUUGUGGGCGUCUGCAAUGACGAGCUGACGCAUCGCAUGAAGGGACGCACUGUUAUGAACGGCUUUGAGCGCUAUGAGGGCGUGCGUCAUUGUCGCUAUGUGGAUGAGAUUGUGCAGAAUGCGCCUUGGACGCUUUCGGAUGAUUUUAUUGCGGAUAACAAGAUCGACUUUGUUGCCCACGAUGACAUUCCCUACGAGCAUGGCGACCUCAACGACAUUUAUGGGCCGCUCAAGGCUCGUGGCAUGUUUGUUGCCACCGAGCGCACUGAGGGCGUCUCCACCUCGGACAUUGUGGCGCGCAUUGUCAAGGAUUAUGAUUUGUAUGUGCGUCGGAAUCUCGCACGCGGCUACUCCGCCAAGGAGCUCAACGUUUCGUUCCUCUCGGAAAAGAAGUUCCGUCUGCAAAACAAAAUGGACGAGCUAAAGUCACGCGGCAAGCGCGAACUAACCAAAGUCACUGGCGACAUUAUGACCAAGUGGGAGGAGAAGUCGCGCGAGUUUAUUGACACAUUUCUGCUGCUCUUCGGACGCGAGCGUCUGAAUCAUUUGUGGAACGAGUCCAAGGGCAAGCUCAUACAGGCGCUCAGUCCGCCUGGCAGUCCGUCGGGCUCGGUGAACGGCGAUGAUUACGAUGGCGAUGGUCAGGACUCCUCCGAUGAGUUCCUGGAAUUCUCGCCCGAAUACAGCGGUGCCAGCGGCGGUAGUGGCGGCAGCGCUGGCAGCGUCAAUGGCUCUCCGACUGCUCGCAAGCAGCGUUCGGCGCUUGCCCGUCGCAGCUAUCAGAAUCGUUCGCCUUCGUUACCGGAUGAGCAGGGAGAUGAUGACGGCGAUGGUGUCUAUGAAGCUGAGCUGAGUGAGAGGCGCAGCAAUUAAGAAUGCGGCUAGCCUAAAGUUUCACAUUCUAUCUCUUUCUCUCUCUCUAUCUAUCUAUCUAUCUUAAAGCUAUUGUAUAUUUAUUAAAUUGUUACUAAAUUCAAAAGAGACAACAACAACAACUACGGCUGCUUGCAAUACAAGCCUGCAGUUUUCUAUGGCUUUAGCUCUAAAUGGUAUUUAUAAUCUUGUUAGCUCUAGUUACACUUGCACUCCCUCCUGACUGUGCCCACCCCUACACACACACACACACACUCUACACACUUGUAGCCAAUUCGUAGCCGCAAUGGAGUCGCAACUUCAAAACACAAAUUGAAAACGCAAUUGAAUGCAGAGAAGCAGCAAAUG